AUGGACAUGGAAAAUAAGAGCAGAACAGAUCUCACUCUCCCAAAUCCACAAGGGCCCUCCAGGGUGCCUGAAUUUGAACUCUCAGAAAUAUCUGUUCACGAUGAUACCCUGCUGAAGAAGUCUGCUUCAUCUCUACCCCAGCAUACAUGGCUGACAUUUUUGAAGAAAGAGUUGAUAUUCCUGGGGGUAACACAAAUUCUGAUUGGUUUGAUAUGCCUUUGUUUUGGAACAAUUGUCUGCUCUGCGUUCAAUUUUUCAGACUUUGAGGAAGACGUUUUUUUAUCCUUUAAAGCAGGUUAUCCAUUCUGGGGAGCAAUAUUUUUUGAUAUUUCAGGACUUUUGUCAAUUAUAUUGGAAAAGAAAAAUACAACAUAUCUGGCCAGAGGAAGCCUGGGAGCAAACACUGUCAGCAGUAUAGCUGGGGGAAUAGGAAUUAUCAUUCUGAUCAUAGACCUAAGGAAGAGCUCCGCUUUUAUUGGUGAUUGCCAGGAAGCUGUUGAGGUUGACUUCUGCUUUGGGGUUUCUUUUUCUACGGAAAUUGUGCUGAUGAUGCUGUUUCUCACCAUUCUGGGGUUCUGCAGUGCUGUAUCACUCACAGUCUAUGGGGUUGGAGAAGAACUCAAAGGAAAUAAGGUUCCAGUUGAUUGUCUUUAUGAAGAAUUAAACAUAUACUCACCAAUUUACAGUGAGUUGGAAAUCAGACAGGAAACGUCACCUCCCAUGGAUUCGUAA